GGGUGCGCGGAGGCGGCGGUGCGCGCCGCCGCUUCCCCCACUGAGGGGCAGGUGGGGCUCGGGCGGUGCGGGGCGCUGCGGGGGGAGAGGGGGGCUCUGGGGAGGUCUCUAGGGCUCUUUGAGGCGCCAUGGGGGUUUGGGGGACCUCUGUCGGGCUGUGGUGAGGCCUGCGAGGCGCUGGGGGGAGUUCUGGGCGGCUCUGCGAGAUGCUCCCCCGGGAUGCCCAGCCCCACGCCAUGCUGCUCGCCGCCUACGCCUCCCUCGCCGCACUGCUGGCGGCCGCGCUGGGCCUGGAGCUGUUCUCCCGCCGCACUCCUGGCCCCGCCACCAACCCGGCCUUCGCCCGCUUCCAGCACCGCUUCCUGCGCGCCUACCUGCCCGCGCUGGCGGCCGACUGGCUGCAGGGCCCCUACCUCUACAAGCUGUACCACCACUACCGCUUCGUGGAGGGGCAGAUCGCCAUCCUCUACGUCUGCGGCUUCGCCUCGGCCGUGCUGCUCGGCCCCCCCGCCGCCUUGCUGGUGGACCGCCUGGGCCGGCGCGCGUCCUGCGUGCUGUUCUCGCUGAGCUGCGCCGCGUGCUGCCUCACCAAGCUGUCCCGUGACUACCUGGUGCUGGCGGCCGGGCGCGUGCUGGGCGGGCUGGCCACCGCGCUGCUCUUCUCCGCCUUUGAAGCGUGGUAUGUGCACGAGCACGUGGAGCGGCACGACUUCCCCGCCGAGUGGCUGGCCGGCACCUUCGCGCGGGCGGCUUUCUGGAACAAUGUGCUGGCCGUGGGGGCCGGCGUGGUGGCCACCGCCCUGGCCGAGUGGCUGGGGCUGGGCCCAGUGGCCCCGUUCAUGGCGGCCAUCCCGCUGCUGGCGCUGGCGGCCGUACUGGUGCUGAAGGACUGGGAGGAGAACCGCGGGCCGCCACGCGCGCUGGCCAAGACGUGCGGGGAUGGGCUGCGCUGCCUGCUGGCCGACGGGCGCGUGCUGCUGCUGGGCACCGUGCAGGCGCUCUUCGAGAGCGUCGUCUACAUCUUCAUCUUCCUCUGGACGCCGGUGCUGGACCCGCACGGGCCGCCGCUGGGCAUCGUCUUCUCCAGCUUCAUGGCAGCCAGCAUGCUGGGCUCCGUGCUGCAGCGUGUGGCCGUGUCGGCACGGUACCGCCUGCAGCCCGUGCACCUGCUGGCGCUGGCCGUGCUGCUGGCCUUCCUCUCGCUCUUCAUGCUCACCUUUUCCACUGGGCCCGGACAGGAGAGCCCGGCCGAGUCCUUCCUCGCCUUCCUGCUGCUGGAGCUGGCCUGCGGGCUCUACUUCCCCUCCAUGGGUUUCCUUCGGCGCAAAGUGAUCCCGGAGAAGGAGCGUGCCGGCGUGCUGCACUGGUUCCGCGUGCCGCUCAACCUGCUGGCCUGCCUGGGGCUGCUGCUGCUGCACGGCAGUGACCAUCGCAGCGGCACACGCAGCAUCUUCGCCCUCUGUGCCGCGCUGAUGCUGCUGGCGCUGCUCGCCGUCGGCCGCCUCUUCACUGUUGGCCGUCACGACCCAGAGCUGCGGCUGCCGCCCUCCCAGGGCCCCCCCGAGAGCCCCGAGCUGUGAGGGUGGUGGUGGGGGGGGGGGGAGGUCGUCCCCAGGAGUGCUGGAGACACAGGGACAUGGCACGGUGGGACGAGUGACCCCUGUGCACCUUUGCAGCUGUCUCUUCUUUGCUUUGUAAAGAAAAUAAAGUUUCCAUAGAUCCCCCACUGUUUUUUGGGGGGGAAGGAA